AUGUCCGGCCAAGACGGCCUAACACCCCGUGUACGGAAUGGGCCAAAUGUGGCCCGCUUCACGGGCACUACAGAGAUCGAGCUCACCAAGGCGGGCGUUGGGCAGGUCUCUUCGGCAGCGGUUAGUCUUGUAGGCACCGGCAAACGCCUUGACCCGCAGACCUUUGAGCUUCUGCUGCCGCAUUGCCAAGAAGAGAAGGUCACCUUCACCGAAGAUAUAGCGGAGUGGGAUUAUGGCAACUAUGAGGGGCUUAAUUCCGGAGAAAUCAGAGACUCGAGGAAGAAGAGGGGUCUGGACCUGGAGAUGGAGUGGGACAUCUGGAGGGAUGGAUGUGAGGGUGGAGAAUCAAGGCAGCAAGUUACCGAGCGCCUGGACCGGCUUAUCUUGCAAAUCCAAGACAUCCAGAAGCCUUACAUGAAUGGGGAAAAGCCUGCUGAUGUUGCACACGGCCUUAUCUUGCGUUGUCUUGUGAAGCGCCGGCUCGACUUCUCUAUCGACUUCACUCUUCAGAUGAUGUUGGCACUUCUUAUUGCUAUACGCCUGCCCUAA